AGUUACACUACACAUAGAGAUAUUAAGAUAUGCUUAGGUCUUUUUUGGUUCGUUCACCCAAAAUGGCUGCUCCCUUUGCCAUUUCCCCUCUUCCAUCCUCUACGCCUUUCCCUUUCCAUUUCCAUAAACCACACUCAACGCCGCGCUUCGCUUCACUUCACGGUACCUUAUUCUCUCCAACCACUUCCAGCUCCAUCCUUAACCUCUACCGCGCCAAAAGACAAAAAUGCCCCUCAUUUAUCACUCUCGCCAUUGCCACCGAUUCCUCCAUCCACCAGAACCAGAACCAGAGGGGGAGCGAGGACAAAAUUGUUCUUCCAACUAACGAAUCUUCUGAGACGCUUCUCAGGAUUCGCCACACGUGUGCACAUGUGAUGGCAAUGGCUGUUCAAAAACUAUUUCCUGAUGCAAAAGUCACAAUUGGGCCUUGGAUAAAAAAUGGGUUUUAUUAUGAUUUCGAUAUCGAGUCUUUGACUGAUAAUGAUUUGAAGAAAAUCAAGAAGGAGAUGGAUCGAAUAAUUGGCAGAAAUUUACCCCUUGUAAGAGAAGAAGUUUCAAGAGAUGAAGCUCUCAGGAGAAUAAUGGCUCUGAAUGAACCUUACAAGAUAGAGAUUUUGGAAAGCAUUAAAGAAGAACCCAUCACGAUUUAUCAUAUUGGUGAGGAAUGGUGGGAUCUUUGUGCCGGACCUCAUGUUGAUUCUACUGGUAAAAUCAACAAGAAAGCGGUUGAACUUGAAUCUGUUGCUGGUGCUUACUGGAGAGGAGAUGAAAGGAAACCUAUGUUGCAACGGAUAUAUGGUACUGCAUGGGAGAAUGAAGAACAAUUGAAAGCUUACCUUCACUUCAAGGAGGAAGCUAAGCGUCGUGAUCAUAGGCGACUAGGGAAAGAUCUUGAUUUGUUUUCAAUUCAGGAUGAUGCUGGUGGGGGUUUAGUUUUCUGGCACCCAAAAGGCGCCAUUGUGAGGGACAUAAUUGAAGAUUUGUGGAAAAAAAUUCACAUGGAUCGUGAUUAUGAUCUUCUGUACACACCACAUGUGGCAAAAGCUGAACUCUGGAAGAUUAGUGGUCAUUUGGACUUCUACAAGGAGAGUAUGUAUGAUCAGAUGAGCAUUGAAGAUGAGAUCUAUCAGCUUCGACCAAUGAACUGUCCUAAUCAUAUUGUGGUAUACAAAAGGAAGCUGAAUUCCUAUCGAGAUUUUCCUAUUAGGGUGGCAGAAUUGGGAACCGUUUAUAGAUAUGAGUUAUCUGGAAGUUUACAUGGGCUUUUCCGGGUCAGAGGUUUCACUCAGGAUGAUGCACACAUUUUUUGUUUGGAGGAUCAGAUUAAAGAUGAGAUAAGGGGUGUCCUAGAUCUCACUGAAGAAAUACUGCUGAAAUUUGGUUUUGACAAGUAUGAAGUAAAUUUGUCUACAAGGCCUGAAAAAGCUGUUGGGGAUGAUAAUAUAUGGGAGAAAGCUAUCUCUGCUUUGAAAGAUGCUUUGGAUGAUAAAGGUUGGACAUAUCAAAUUGAUGAAGGGGGAGGUGCCUUUUAUGGGCCAAAGAUUGAUCUCAAGAUUGAGGAUGCUCUUGGUAGGAAGUGGCAAUGUUCAACCAUACAGGUUGAUUUUAAUUUACCACAGCGUUUCGACAUCACCUAUGUUGACUCGGAUGGUGAAAGCAAGAGACCUAUAUUGAUCCAUAGAGCAGUGCUUGGAUCCUUGGAAAGAUUCUUUGGUGUUCUCAUAGAGCAUUAUGCUGGUGAUUUUCCAUUGUGGCUUUCUCCAAUACAAGUUCGGGUGUUACCUGUUACUGAUGCCCAGCUUGAGUAUUGCAAUGAUGUGAUCAAUAACCUGAAAAAGAAAGGCAUCCGUGCUCAAGUGUGCCAUGGAGAACGCCUGGCAAAGCUCAUAAGAAAUGCAGAGAAGCAGAAAAUUCCAUUGAUGGCUGUUGUUGGCGCAAAGGAAGUUGAAACAAAAUCAGUUACAGUUAGAUCUAGAUUCGGUGGGGAGCUUGGAACCAUGUCAGUUGAUGAUUUGAUUAGCAGAAUAAAUUUGACAACAGAAAACCCAUCCUCAAUUCAUCAUUUUGAUAUUUCAAAUUAAGCAAGGUCGUGGGCCUACUACCAUCCGAAACAUCAUGCUUUGUAAUUGUAUAUUUUACAACAUCAAGUUAGCAUUGGCUCAACUAAUAACGUGAUAGAUUCUGGAAUAGCUGCAGACGCAAUAAAUCGAUUUAGCUCGAGAAUUGAUAUUUGGGUACAAGUUCUGUGUUUUAUUUUUUAUGCUUUGGUAUUUUUUUUUAUUUAUGCAAAGAAGAGAGUAAACAUUUUAUUUUUUUAACUGUGUGAGGUAUCAGAACUCUUCAGAGAAGAGAAUGAGAAA